UUGUUCUCAUUUUUGGCGAGUAGGGACUAGGGACCAACCUCAACAUACGCUUCAAGUUUCAACAACACUUUUUACCUCCGCCUUUAGAAAUUGUAGGUGGAAAGGGAUCUCUGUUCUCUUCCAAUCCCAUAUAAUAGAUCCACCCGCAAGUAAGAAAAGCUACUUCUUUCUCUUUCUGUUUCUGACCUUUGCCCCUCAUCACAUUUGUGCUUUCUUUUGCUUCUCAUAUUUCUUACUCGACCGGGUCCCAAUUCCUUUCCGUCUCUUCUUGCUAUCUGAGCUGAGCUUGAACUCUGCUUCUUACUUUUGAAGUUUGUUCUGGAAGUGAAGUUGAGUAGGGUUCCGAUAAUUUUUAACUGACGGUAACUUCUGCUGCCAAAAGUAGUGGAAUCAGCAGCUGUCGGAAGUGCGGCGGGCAUUAUACGAUUAUUUAUAUUAUAUUAUGCGAAGCACAAUUCCUCGAUGAGGAAGUGGACUGGGGGGUUGCUGAUUAUUGGCCUGGGUUCGGUUUUGCUUGUCAGUUACAGUUUCAUUCAGAAAUCUGAACCUCCCAAGAAACACUCUCAGUCUGCAGCAUACGAUUUCUUUAAUCCGCAUCCAGUGAAAGAAGAAAAUUCAGACGCCAAUGCCAAUGCUAGCGAUGGUUUUCCACAAGCUAAAGCUAAAGGUGAAGACGAAAAACAGCAGCAGAUUACCAUAUCGAAACCCCAGUUUAGAGAUGUUGAAGGGCUGAAUGAUUUGUACAGCUUGAGUGUAAAUCUGACCCGGGAAGACACUGCUAAUUCAAUGCUUGCAUGGCGUCUGAUGAGAUUUUUGUUUCCAAGAUCGGAUGCAUUGCCUGAAACUGCUCAAGGGAUUAAAGAGGCUGCAGCAAUGGUGAAAGAUUUGCUUUCCAUGAUUAAGGAUUAUAAUGCUUUGAAAGCUGCAGAUGCUGUUCCGGACAAACUUUGCCCACAUUUUGUUAGCACUUCUAAUGCUACCCUGUUGAGGAACGAGAGUUUUCUUGAGAUCCCCUGUGGUCUAGUUGAGGGUUCUUCUGUCACACUAAUAGGAAUCCCCAACUCGCGACAAGACAGCUUCCAAAUUGAAUUGGUUGGUUCACAAAUCAACGAGGCAAUGCCUCCAAUUGUGUUGCAGGUUAAGGUUCUUUUGCCUGGCCAGGACUUGACAAAAGAGCCCAUUACUAUCCAGAAUACAUGGACUCAAGAAUCCGGGUGGGGGAAGGAGGAGAGCUGCCCUCAUCAUGGUGCACCUGAUCUUCUCAGAGUUGAUGGACUGGAGAAGUGUAACUCUCAGAUUGUUCAAGUAAAUGCAAGGGAUGGUCUGAAUGUGACACACUCUGCAAACAGAAAAUUAAAUAAUGUUUCUGAAGGGCAUACAAGUGCCCAUGCAAGUGCUACUUUCCACUUUGUUGAUGGUAACCCCUUCACUGCCACACUGUGGGCUGGUGAUGAGGGGUUUCACAUGACAGUGAAUGGAAGGCAUGAAACAUCAUUUUCAUUUAGAGAGAGACUUGAACCAUGGCUUGUUAAUAGAGUCUAUGCAAAGGGUGGCUUGACUGUUUUAUCUAUACUAGCAAAAGGACUACCUGUUAGUGAAGACGUGGAUUUAAUUGCUGAUGCUCGAGAGCUCAAAGCUACACCUGUUUAUAAUAAAAGUCUAGAACUGCUGAUUGGAGUUUUCUCCUCAGGGAACAAUUUUGAGAGGCGGAUGGCGCUGAGGAGAACUUGGAUGCAAUAUGAUGCUGUGCGCUCUGGAAAUGUGGUGGUUCGGUUUUUCAUUGGGCUUCACAAGAAUAAAGAUGUAAAUUUGAAGCUAUGGAAAGAAGCUCAAGCAUUUGGAGAUAUCCAGUUGAUGCCUUUUGUUGAUUACUAUGGCCUGCUCACUUACAAAACCAUUGGUAUUUGCAUUCUUGGGACUAAAGUUCUAUCCGCUCGAUUCAUCAUGAAAAUGGAUGAUGAUGCAUUUUUAAGGAUUGAUGAACUUUUAUCAAGUCUCGAGGGAAAGGCCCCCGAUGGACGCCUGUACGGUCAAAUAUCCUUUGAGUCAGCUCCUCGCAGGGAGAUGGACAAUAAGUGGUUUGUAAGUGAAGAGGAGUGGCCACGGUCCUCAUAUCCUCCUUGGGCUCAUGGACCAGGAUAUGUGAUUUCCCAGGACAUUGCAAGAUUUAUUGUUAAAGGUCACCAAGAAAUGAACCUCAUGCUUUUCAAGCUGGAAGAUGUUGCUGUGGGGAUAUGGAUGGAGCAAUUUGGGAAGAAUGGGAAGAGGAGAUGCGAGUAUGUCAACGAUGAUCGAUUCUACAUUGCCGGGUGUGAAUCAGACUACAUUCUAGUUCACUACCAGAAUCCUAGGAUGAUGUUGUGCCUGUGGGAGAAGCUCCUCCAUGUCCAUGAAGAGGAGGGGAAGAAAGCUGCAGAAUGCUGUGAGUGAAGUGGAUAUAAUACCCUAAACCCCUUAUUGCAACCUUUUCAUUCACUUGUUUACUAUUUAUCCAUUCGAUUAUAUAUGUUAAAGUUUAGGUGAUUUCGUUAGGGUGUGCAAAAUUUUAGAUUUUUUAUCACCGACUGAAUUCGAAUUAAAUUUGAAAUUUUGAAUUCGGUAAUUUAGUAAUUUCGGACA